AAUAGGCCUCUUCCUAGAACCAUAUAACUUCAAGUACUGAGUGCACUACUGUCAAAAUGAUACUGCAGGGCAAGGAAUCACAGCAGCUACAGACCACUAUGCACAUUCCUGAUGAAAAGGAAUCCUCAUCGUCCCAUUUUCCAGAUGGUGACCCUCCGCCGUACAGUAAUCUCGCAUCAGGUUCUGCUGCGGUAUCGCCGGGUCACCUAGUAGGUUUUGCCAAUGCGCCCACAGUGAAGACCAUUCGGCUAGAAAAACAUCAUGACUUGAUAUCCGGAGCGUACAUCAUUGACCCUGAUGUGUCAGGAGACGAGCCAUCCGUUCUACAAGGCUUUGCAGCCAGGCACAGUGACAUAGUAGGGCUAAGGAAAGCAGUCGACUUUCUCUCCGCAGCACCACAUGCGGUUUUUCGCAAUCGGUUCGGGUCAAUCUUUCUGACUCUAGCGACCAAAGGGUCGUCGGAACAAUGCCGUCGGGCAAUAGUUGACAUCUCGACCCGUCAUGGAGAUAUCGCCGUUAACUUGAGCUCUGUACAUCCCGGUAAACGCAUCACGCUGAAGGUAACUUCCCGAAGAGGAAAGAUGGUAGUACUGCUCCCCCCAACUUUUUGCGGGGAUGUGCAGAUACGCGGUAGCAAAUUGGGCGGUUUUGACAUUCUUCCAGGAUUGUCUAGCAGCAUCCGCAGCAUGAACGGGAAGAAAACAAAAAUGUUGUUACUUAUCGGCGGCACUACUCCGACCUCUGAAGGUGAAUCUAUGGAUCACUGUCAUCUCUCCUCACGCCAUGGAAAGAUUGUCCUCGGCUUGAGCGGGCAAGACAGCAUGCCAACACCACAGCAAGGAGAUAACAUUUGGAGAAAAAUAGGUGCAUUUUUCCGCGGAGGUGAAAGUACGGAAAGUUCUUUGCAGGAUCUCGCACGACCUCAGUUGACCUCGCGACCAGGUUCUUGAGAAUGUGUAGAUACACACGAAGUAGCGCCUGAUCCAAUCUUCUAUCACAGAUGAACGUGAGCAACCGUACGCGUAGACUUACCUAACCCCGAUGGUACCGGAGUACGGAUCACACUCUAUUCCGCGUUCGAUAUGCACCAGGUGUCAAGCGCCGAAUAGUUGAUAAACUCAGUCAUGUUACCAAGGACCCCAUUUAGUGAUCCCCCACUCUUCGCCGCUACUUAUCGCUGUCUCUCUGAUGUCCUUAGACGCCUCUGAUGCCAAUCAUCGUAACGGGUGCCUUUCUCUAAGACGCCUGUUCAAGUUCAAACCUCGACGCAUACCUAAGAGUUCCUCCAAACAAGCUAACACAUCCCAGAUAUAU